CUAGCAGUCCACGAGGUUUUUAAGAUGGCGGCUGAAAAGGGGGAAAGGGAAGGACGGAAACAAAGACGUUCAGAAUCCGCUGCAGACAACCAGGCAGAUAUGACUUAUGAGGAGGAGCCAGAUUUUAGUGACCCGGAAGAUUUUGUGGACGAUAUAUCUGAUGAAGAACUGCUUGGUGAUUUACUCAAGAACAAGCCAAAUGAGACUGACAGUAUUGACAACGUUAUUAUUGUUGACAACAUCCCUGUAGUUGGAAAUGAUAGGCUACCUAAACUUCAGAAUGUUGUCAGGAAAAUAUACGAAAAGUUUGGCAAACUUGUCAAUGAGUUUUAUCCGAUGGGUGAUGAAGAUAAAACAAAGGGGUACAUGUUUGUUGAGUUUUCAAAUCCAAAUAGUGCUGCUGAGGCAGUGAAGGCCACCAAUGGCUACAAGCUGGACAAGGCACACACCUUUGCUGUUAACCUCUUCUCUGACUAUGACAAGUAUGAGAAUGUAUCUGAUGAGUGGGAGCCCCCAAGCCCAAAGCCUUACAAAGAUCUAGGCAACUUGCGUUACUGGCUGCAGGACCCUGACUGUUUUGACCACUACAGUGUGAUCUACGAGGGUGGGGAGAAGACCGCCAUCUACUCGAACAGCGUGCAUCUUGGGGCUGUCCGUGACCCUACUGUAGUUGAGGAGAGAGCGCGUUGGACUGAGACGUACGUUCGCUGGUCACCUCAAGGCACAUACCUGGCCACACUCCACCAGAAGGGCAUAGCCUUAUGGGGCGGGCCGAAGUUUGACCAGAUCAUGAGGUUCAGUCAUCCGGGUGUGCAGCUAAUUGACUUCUCUCCAUGUGAGAGGUUUAUGAUAACAUUUAGCCCGAUGCCGCCGAAGGCUGAUGAACCACAGAGCAUUGUGAUAUUUGACAUCCGAACAGGACAGCGCAAACGUGGGUUUAACUGUGAGCAACAUGCACAGGCCACCUGGCCCAUUUUCAAGUGGAGUUCUGAUGGGAAGUUCUUUGCCAGAUUAGCGACAGAUACCCUCUCUGUGUAUGAAACCACUACAUUUAGACUGUUGGACAACAAAAGUUUAAAGAUUGAUGGUAUAAGGGAUUUCUCGUGGAGCCCGUCAGACAACUACAUUGCAUACUGGGUGCCUGAGCAGGACACCAACAUCCCGGCCCGUGUCACCAUAAUCUCCAUACCCUCAAGGACUGAGCUCUGUGUGCGUAACCUGUUUAGCGUGGCCGACUGUCGCAUGCACUGGCAGAAGAACGGAGAUUUCCUCUGUGUCAAGGUCGACCGAUACUCCAAGGCAAAAAAGGCUGAAGACACUGGACAGAUGAAAUAUGCUGGCAUAUACUACAACUUUGAGCUGUUCAGAAUUAGAGAAAAACAGAUCCCAGUGGAUAAAGUGGAAUGCAAAGAGAAUGUUUUGGCAUUUGCAUGGGAGCCGACAGGAAACAAGUUUGCCUUUAUCCACGGAGAGAGCCCCCGUAUUUCGGUUUCGUUCUACAUUGUCAGGCCACAGGGAAAGGUCGACUGCCUCAAGGUGUUUGAGCGCCGUACAGCCAAUCAUCUGUUCUGGAGUCCCACUGGACAGUUCAUUGUUCUGGCAGGAUUGAGGAAUCUGAAUGGUGUUUUCGAGUUCAUUGACUCUGCUGACAUGACGGUGAUGGCCCAAACAGAACAUUUCAUGGCCACUGACGUAGAGUGGGACCCAACUGGCCGCUACGUCAUGACCGGGGUCUCCUGGUGGGGUCAUAAGGUGGACAACGGCUACUGGCUGUGGUCCUUCCAGGGACGCCUGCUGCAAAAACAGCAGCUGGAUAGAUUCUGUCAGUUGCUCUGGCGACCACGCCCUCCUACACUCCUGUCUGUGGAUGAUGUUAAGGAGAUCAAGAAGAACCUGAAGAAGUUCUCGCAGCGUUUCGAGGCCCAGGACCGCCUCCGGCAGUCGACUGUGUCAACAGAGCUGUUGGAGAAACGUCGCAAGCUCAUGGACGACUACGAGAGGUACCGUGAACGUGUGGAGGAUGAAUUCAAUUCCCAAAAGGACCGCAGAAUUGCCUUCAGAAAUGGUGUGGACACAGACGAGCUGGAUAACCUGGCUGAGGCUGACUACGAGGAGGAGGUGAUCGAGUUCCUGCUGAAAGUUGAAGAAACCAUCCUCGACGAGGAGUAGUAGGGGACAUCACUCUUACCAGUCAACACCGUCUGCAGGGGACAUUACUCUUGCCAUCAAUUGCAGGGGGAUUGCUUCCUCUGCUGCUGUGUGUUCUGAACCUUGGAGAUCUUUUUGUGAAUUAUUGCAGACUUUUCAGCCGAUAAGCCAUCUUAAAAACAGAUUACAGGUGUAUAAGUUAUUUAAUAUUAUAAGUGACAUUGUUAGUUGAUUCUUAUUCUUUUUGGUGUAGUGCUAUUCAUAUUUGUUUUAAGGUAUUUAUCAGAUUUUGUAAAUAGAUAAAGGUAUUGAUUGUA